AUGAGUGUAAAAACCAAGUUCAUGCUUACUUAUAAUAUUUUGUGUUGUAUAUUGUGGAUAUUUGUUUUAUUAACUUCAAUUCAAUAUGCCUUUAACAAAGAAAAAUAUCAUAUAAAAGAUUUUUGGUCAAAUUCUAGAAAAUUAAUUACAAUAACACAGUCAUUAGCUAUAUUUGAAAUUUUCUUUUCAAUUAUAGGUGCAAUUAAUUCAGUUGUAACUAUUGUAACAGCUCAAGUAUUUAGUCGAUUAUUUAUUGUUCAUUUAAUUUUUAAUUAUUUACCUAAUAACAAUAAAUGGAUAUUCUCAUGUUUAAUAUCUUGGUCAAUCAUAGAUAUAAUCCGUUAUUUAAUUUAUUCCCUCAACUUGUUAAAUAUUCGUAUUAAUUUUUUAGAUGGACUACGAAAUAAAUUGCCAUUAAUAUUAUAUCCAAUAGGAAUUACUUCAGAAAUUAUUUGCACUAUAUCUAGUUUAGAUAAUAUUUAUAAUACUCCCUUUUUAAGAGCAUUUCCAUAUUCUAUGCCAAAUAAUUUAAAUUUUCAAAUUGACAUUUAUUAUUUCUGUAUUUUUGUUUUAUUUCUAUAUAUACCAGGAAGUUUUUUACUCUACUCAGCUGCUAUAAA